AUGGAGCACACGGGGAUCGAAGAGGUGAACCAAACGCACCAGCAGCACGAGCCCAUCAGUUUCGGAAUAGACCAGAUCUUGAACAGCACGGACCAGUCCAGCGGCUGCAUGCUGCCGAACCGGACCGGCGACGCGGAUUACGCGCUGGCCCCCAACGUGUACGCCAACGGCUACAACGGCGUGUACAACCCGGCCUGCUCCAUGGCGGCGGGGCUGGCGGGCUCCUACAACGUCAACAUGAACAUGAACGUCAGCAUGAACAUGAACAUGAACGUCAACGUCAACUCGGCGGGCGCCGGCGGCGUGAUCCGCGUGCCGGCCCACAGACCCAUGCCCCCCGCCGCGCCGCAUCCGCACCCGCAUUCGCACCCGCACCCGCCGCCCACCCACCCGCCGGGCAUCGCCGCCGCCGCCGCCGCCGCCGCCGGCCUGCCCUCGGUGACGUCCAUGGCGGGGAUGGGCAACGCGGCCAACUUCACCUUCCCCUGGAUGGAGAGCAGCAGGAGGUUCGCCAAGGACAGACUAACAGGGGAGCAGGCAGAGGACAGCCAAGCGGGAGGGGCCACCGGGGGGCCGGGGGCCACCGAGUCCCUGCCAGGCCUCUGUCCUCUCCCCCAGGGGGACAUCAGCAGGGUCUCCGCCUGGAGCACUGUGGAGACGUUAGCCAAAUGCUAUUACCCCGAGCUCGCUCACCUGCGAGACGUCAAGGGGCCUCUAGCCGACUAUGCGUUUCCGAAGGGCGCGUGCCCAGCCGCUCUCUCGCCCUUUUCCGUGACCCGUCGUAUCGGGCACCCCUACCAGAACCGGACGCCGCCCAAGAGGAAAAAGCCGCGCACGUCCUUCAGCCGCGUGCAGAUCUGCGAGCUGGAGAAACGCUUCCACCGGCAGAAGUACCUGGCUUCCGCCGAGCGCGCGACCCUGGCCAAGGCGCUGAAGAUGACGGACGCGCAAGUGAAAACCUGGUUUCAGAACAGACGAACAAAAUGGCGGAGGCAGACAGCGGAGGAGCGCGAGGCGGAGCGGCAGCAGGCCAACCGGCUGAUGCUGCAGCUGCAGCAGGAAGCCUUCCAGAAGACGCUGAACCAGCCGCUGCAGCAAGACCCCCUGUGCCUGCACAACUCCUCCCUGUACGCCCUGCAGAACCUGCAGCCCUGGGCAGAAGACAAUAAGGUGACCUCCGUCACCUCUAUAGCUUCUGUGGUGUGA